AUGCUAGCAAAGAUAAAGGUAUGGCACGACUUCUUCUUAUUCGGGAGCAGCAACACCAAACUAAUGGGAUCAACAGCGACAGCAGGGCGCAUGUUCUUCAUGCUCUUAGUAGGUCUAGAAAUGGACAUCCCCUUCCUCCUCCGCUCCCUUCGCCGCUCCAUCAUCAUCACCGCCGGCUCCGCGGCAUCCAGUUUCAUCGCCGCCGCCGCCUCCUCCAGCAUCAUCUACCGAGCCACCGGUCCCAACGGCAACCCCAUCCUGUUUCUCCUUAUCCUCGCCCUUCUAUACACCAACACCUCUUCCCCCAUCAUCAUCCGCAUGUGCACCGAGCUGAAGCUCGCCACCUCUGACAUCGGCCGCCUCGCCGUAUCGUCUUCUCUCCUCAACGACAUGGCUUGCCUCCUCAUCCUCGCAGUGGCCAGCACCGCCCGGUCAGGCCCAUACAACAAUCGAACCAAAUUUCAAAAGCUUAUGGGUGGGUUGAUUGCGCUUGUGUUGCUGGUCGUUUCAGCAUGGGCGCUAAGGCCGACGGUGAGAUGGAUAAACCGGAGGAAUGAAGGGAGAAGGCAUAUAAGAAGCAUGGAGAUGGCAGGGUUAUUGUUCUCUGUUUUUUUGGUGGCGGUGACGAUGGAGGUGAUGGGAUAUAAUAGCACCAUGGCUUGUUUCAUGCUGGGACUAGUUAUGCCGAGGGAAGGUUGUACGUUGAGGACGAUGGUGGAUAAGCUUAGUUAUCCGAUUAAUAACUUAGUGCUUCCGAUAUUUUUUGGAUUUGCGGCCAUUAAUACUGAUAUGAGCACACUUGGUGGGGGGAUGAUGGGAGCGGUGGCGCUGAUGGUGGUGCUGAAUAUUGUUUCUAAGGUGGUUGGGACUCUUGGUGCCACAUGGUACCUUGGCAUAUCGGUUAAUGAGGGGAUUCUGCUGGGGUUUCUUCUUAAUAUUAAGGGUCAUGUGGAUCUUGUUCUGGUAUCUUUGGCAAGAGGGGCAGAGAUAUGGGGAGAAGAAGCCCAAAAAGUACUUCUGGUCACCAUCCUCCUGGCGACCCUAAUCGCCGGUCCCACUGCAGCCUUCGUCAUCCGCUUAGAACGCCGCUCACUCUGCUACCGCGGUGCCUCCCUCCACCACCACCCCCCCGGUGCGGAACUCCGCAUACUCGCAUGCGUCCACAGCCCGCGCGACGUUCCUACGAUGCUCAACCUCGUGGAGAUCUGCGGAGGCGGCGCGCCGGAAUCUCCACUGGCGGCGUACUUAAUGCACCUGGUGGAGCUGACUGCGGGCGCGGCUUCGUACUUGCUGUAUCACCAGCAGGAUGUGGAGGAGGAUGGGGGCUGGGAGCACGGCGGGGACGAUGCGCGGAUUAUCACGGCGGCGGCGGAUGUGUUCAGUAUCGAGACGGGGAUAGGGCUGCGGCAGGUGAUGGUGGUGUCGGCGAUGGAGACGAUGCAGGAGGAUGUGUAUAAUGCGACGGUGGAUGUGAGGGCGUCGUUGGUGCUGAUGCCGUUUCAUAAACACCAGAGGGUGGACGGACGGAUGCAGGUAUUUGCAGACAUUUUUCAUUUCAUAGAUCUAUCUUACACGUUAACUAUAGUUAGGGAGACCUCAGCAUGCGUCUAUAUUAUGGUGUCACUCAAAUGCUAA